GGACAGCUUGCAGUAUAAAUAAACUUGCUGUCACAAUAGACGGCGCACAUUCAACAGGCUCAGAGUCAAGCUGCAGUAGACUGGUCAGGAAUCCUACAUUUAAUCAUUGAAAUGGUGCUUUGGAAUCAAAUUGUGCUGGUGGCUGUAUUGUUCAUCUUCUCUUGCCCGAAAGGAUUAGAAACACAACCUUCACAGCACCUGUGUGGCUCGCAGCUUGUGGAUGCUCUAUAUUUUGUGUGCGGAAGUAAGGGUUUCUACUAUGAACCUAAAACAAAAAGAGGCAUCGAGCAGCUUCUAGGAUUACGUGGUGAAGAGUCUGCUCAAGAAAAUGAGGCUCAGCAGAAAUUUCUAUUCAAUAAACUGCUGGGCCGGAUGAUGAAGAGGGGUAUAGUGGAUCACUGCUGUCACAAUACCUGUUCCCUUUAUGAUCUCGAAGGCUACUGCAACCAAUAAGAAAAGUAAAAGUCAUCAGUAUCAGAAAGCGAGGUGUGCAGCCAUUGUGUAAGAGGCAGAUUCACUGCCAAAUUAUUUAUUUAAAAAGAGACUAAGUUAUCUCUAAUCAUAUUCAUUUCAAAAAAAAACUUUUGGCAAAUUGCAUAAAAAGUAAAAUAAUUUUACAUUUUGUUGGAAGAAUCCAGCCUUUUAUUUAAAUGCAUUCUGUCCAUUGCUUUUGAUCUCUCAUUAAAAUAAAUGCAGCUGUCUCCUGCAUCAAAUCAAAUCAUAUUGUUUAUAUCGAUGACCUAGCACGUUGUACGCACUUUCACAGAUUGAAAUAGUCUGUAUCUUAUUACUUAUAUUUUAAUGUAAAAAUAAAGAGCAGCUUCUCUUGCCUGCAGUUUUCUUCCUUAA